AUGUCUCUUCGCUCAGAUAUAAAGGAUAAUUCAUUUAGUGAAUCUGAAUCAACUGCAAACAGUUCUGCUGAAUCUAUUGAACAUCCAUAUCAAGGUUUUGAUAGCAAUGUCCAAGAACAAGUACGAGAUCUAGCAAGAACUAUAACAAGUCAAAGCAAUCUUAAUUCAAUAGACGAGACCCAUUCCAUAGCAUCCUCCAAUCUAGGUAUAAAUCCCGUAUUUUCGAAUGUCGACCAACCUGACUAUAAUGAAAAAUUAGACCCAACAUCCAGUAAUUUUUCUUCUGUAGCUUGGGUCAAGAAUAUGGCUAAAUUGGCCUCAUCUGACCCUGAGUAUUAUAAACCGUAUUCUUUCGGUUGUGUUUGGAAAAAUCUAACUGCAUCCGGUGAAUCUACAGAUAUAGAAUAUCAAUCUACAGUCUUAAAUAUGCCUGGGAAAAUGCUAUCCGCAGCUUAUAGAAUGGCAAGACCCCCAAAGGAAGAAGAUUUGUUCCAGAUUCUAAAACCAAUGAAUGGUUAUCUAGAUCCAGGCGAAUUGAUGGUUGUCCUGGGGAGACCCGGUUCCGGUUGUACAACAUUCUUAAAAUCUAUUUCUUCUAAUACACAUGGUUUCCACGUGGGUAAGGACUCCACAAUAUCAUACAGCGGUCUUUCACCAAAGGAUAUUAAAAAACAUUUCCGUGGGGAGGUCGUUUACAAUGCAGAAGCUGAUAUUCAUUUGCCUCAUCUAACCGUAUAUCAAACUUUAUACACUGUCGCCAGAUUAAAGACGCCACAAAAUAGAAUACAAGGUGUUAGUAGAGACGCAUGGGCUAGACACGUAACUGAAGUGUAUAUGGCUACAUAUGGUCUUUCUCACACAAGAAAUACAAAAGUUGGUAAUGAUUUGGUCAGAGGUGUGUCAGGUGGUGAAAGAAAGCGUGUUUCUAUCGCUGAAGUCGCUAUAUGUGGGUCUAAAUUUCAAUGUUGGGAUAAUGCAACUAGAGGGUUGGAUUCUGCCACUGCUUUAGAAUUUAUCCGUGCUCUAAAGACCCAAGCUACUAUCUCUAAUGCCGCUGCUUCUGUUGCUAUAUAUCAAUGUUCUCAGGACGCUUAUGAUUUAUUUGAUAAAGUUUGUGUCUUAGAUGGUGGAUACCAAAUUUAUUACGGUUCUGCAAAAAAGGCAAAAGAAUAUUUUGAAAGAAUGGGAUAUGUUUCCCCUGAUAGACAAACUACUGCUGAUUUCUUAACCGCUGUCACAAGUCCCGCAGAAAGAAUUAUAAAUCCUGAAUAUAUUAAAAAGGGAAUUCCUGUUCCACAAACUCCAAAAGAUAUGUACGAUUAUUGGUUGAGUUCUCCAGAAUACAAACAAUUAUUACAAGAAAUCGAUGAUAGAUUAACAAAUAACGAUGACAGCGUCCGUAAUGUUAUCAAAGAGGCACAUGUCGCCAAACAAUCUAAGAGAGCUAGACCGGAUUCUCCAUACACCGUCAGUUAUGGUUUACAAGUUAGAUAUUUAUUAAAAAGAAAUCUUUGGAGAAUGCGAAAUAAUCCUGGUGUUCCACUGUUUAUGAUUUUGGGUAACUCUGCAAUGGCUUUCAUUUUAGGUUCCAUGUUCUAUAAAGUUAUGAAGAAGGGCGGUACAAACUCCUUCUAUUUCCGUGGUGCUGCCAUGUUCUUUGCUAUAUUGUUCAAUGCAUUCUCAUGUCUUUUAGAAAUUUUCUCUCUUUAUGAAGCAAGACCAAUUACAGAAAAGCAUAAAACAUAUUCCUUGUAUCAUCCUAGUGCAGACGCAUUCGCAUCUAUCCUUUCUGAAGUUCCGGUUAAAGCUGCUGUUGCUGUUUGUUUUAAUAUUGUGUUCUAUUUUCUUGUGGACUUUAGAAGAAAUGGUGGUGUCUUUUUCUUCUAUCUGUUGAUCAACAUCGUUGCCGUUUUUGCCAUGUCCCAUCUUUUCCGUUGUGUUGGUUCUGUGACUAAAACACUUGAAGAAGCCAUGGUACCUGCAUCUAUUCUGUUAUUAGCUUUAGCUAUGUUCACAGGUUUUGCUAUUCCAAAGACAAAAAUGUUAGGUUGGUCCACUUGGAUUUGGUAUAUUAAUCCUUUAUCCUAUCUUUUCGAAUCUCUAAUGAUCAAUGAAUUCCAUGAUGUUAGAUAUAAGUGUUCUCUUUAUAUCCCAUAUGGUCCUGCCUACACCAAUAUUACUGGUACUGAUAGAAUAUGUUCUGCCCGUGGCGCUAUCCCAGGCCAAGAUUAUGUUCUUGGUGAUGACUACAUCAAGACUAGUUACGGUUACGAACACAAGCAUAAGUGGAGAGGCUUUGGUGUUGGUGUUGCAUACGCAGUGUUUUUCUUUAUUCUUUACUUAGUUAUUUGUGAAUUUAAUGAGGGUGCUAAGCAAAAGGGUGAAAUUUUAGUCUUCCCAGCUAGUGUCAUUAGAAAAUGGAAAAAAGAGGGUAAAAUCAAAAAGGAUGGUCAAGAUGUCAAUGAUAUCGAAAAGAACGUUGACAACUCCAUGACUGAUCAAAAGAUGUUAAAUGAAUCUGAAGAGAUUUCUGAGGAAAGUGAUGAGAAUGUUGGUUUGAGUAAGUCUGAGGCUAUAUUUCAUUGGAGGAACCUAUGUUAUGAUGUCAAAAUUAAGGAUGAGACUAGACGUAUUCUUAAUAAUGUUGACGGUUGGGUCAAACCAGGUACUUUGACAGCCUUAAUGGGUUCUUCUGGUGCUGGUAAAACAACCUUAUUGGAUUGUUUAGCCGAAAGAGUUACUAUGGGUGUAAUUACUGGUGAUGUUUUAGUGGAUGGUGUUCCAAGAAAUGAAUCUUUCCCAAGAUCUAUUGGUUAUUGUCAACAGCAAGAUUUACAUUUGAAAACUUCUACUGUCAGAGAAUCCUUAAGAUUUUCAGCUUACCUACGUCAACCUAAAGAAAUCCCCAUCUCUGAGAAGAAUGCCUAUGUUGAACAAAUUAUCAAGAUUCUAGAGAUGGAAAAGUAUGCUGAUGCCGUUGUUGGUGUUGCCGGUGAAGGUUUGAAUGUGGAACAAAGAAAGAGAUUAACUAUUGGUGUUGAAUUAGCUGCCAAACCAAAAUUAUUAGUGUUCUUAGAUGAACCUACUUCCGGUCUAGAUUCCCAAACCGCUUGGUCUAUUUGUCAAUUAAUGAGAAAAUUGGCCAACCAUGGUCAAGCUAUUUUGUGUACUAUUCAUCAACCAUCUGCUAUUCUAAUGCAAGAAUUUGAUCGUCUAUUAUUUUUACAAAAAGGUGGUAAGACUGUGUAUUUCGGUGAUUUGGGUAAAGGAUGCCAAACACUAAUUGAUUAUUUUGAAAGCCAUGGUUCUCCUAAAUGUCCUCCAGAUGCUAAUCCAGCCGAAUGGAUGUUAGAAGUUGUUGGUGCUGCUCCCGGUUCUCAUGCAAACCAAGAUUACCAUGAAGUAUGGAGAAACUCUGAAGAAUACAAAGCGGUACAUGCAGAAUUAGAUCGUAUGGAGAGAGAACUACCCGGCAAACGUUCUAAUGAUGAUGAGAAAUUAUCUGAAUUUGCAACUGGUAUUUUAUACCAAAUUCAACUGGUUACUGUUCGUUUAUUCCAACAAUAUUGGAGAUCACCGGAAUACCUAUGGUCGAAAUUCUUCUUAACUGUUGUGGAUGAAUUAUUCAUUGGUUUCACUUUCUUCAAAGCCGAUAGAUCGUUGCAAGGUUUACAAAAUCAAAUGUUAUCGAUCUUCAUGUUUGUAUGUAUUUUCAAUCCAUUAUUGCAACAAUACCUACCAAACUUUGUCCAACAAAGAGAUUUGUAUGAAGCCAGAGAACGUCCAUCAAGAACAUUCUCGUGGAAGGCAUUUAUUGUUUCUCAAAUUAUAACUGAAGUUCCAUGGAAUAUCCUUGCCGGUACUAUUGCCUUCUUUAUCUAUUACUAUCCAAUCGGUUUCUACUCUAAUGCCUCAUAUGCAGAUCAAUUACAUGAAAGAGGAGCUUUAUUCUGGUUAUUCUCAGUGGCCUUCUUUGUAUACGUUGGUUCCAUGGGUCUUUUAGCUGUUUCAUUCAAUGAAGUUGCUGCCAACGCAGCCAACCUAGCAUCUCUUGCCUUCACUAUGUCUUUAUCUUUCUGUGGUGUGAUGGCUACUCCAGAUGCUAUGCCACGUUUCUGGAUUUUCAUGUAUAGAGUAUCACCUUUAACAUAUUUGAUUGAUGGUCUGCUUGCCAUUGGUGUAGCCAAUGUACCAAUUACUUGCAGUAAGAAUGAACUCCUACAAUUUACCCCAGCUAAUGGAAUGACAUGUGGUGAAUACAUGAAACCAUUUAUAACAAUGACAGGAGCCGGUUAUCUAACUAAUUCGGAUGCUACUGAUGUAUGUCACUUCUGUCAAUUUUCUUCAACAAACGAAUAUUUAGCAACAGUCAGUAGUCACUAUUCUAAUAGGUGGAGAAAUUGGGGUAUUUUUAUUUGUUACAUUGCAUUUAAUUACCUUGCAGGUAUCUUCUUCUACUACCUUGCAAGAGUCCCAAAGAAUUCUAAGAUCAAGAAGGAGUAA